AUGGCCAGCACCGAGUCACCUGCCAUCCACUCCCUCGCUGUCUUCUCCACCCAACCAUACGACCGGCAAUACCUCUCCGCCCAACUCACCACCCAGUUCGGCGACGCCUCUCCCUUCAAAAUCGACUUCUACACCGUCUCCCUCACGCCCCUAACCGCCAAACUCGCCGCCUCGCACACCGCCGUCUGCGUCUUCGUCAACGACAUCCUCACCGCGCCCGUCCUCCAGCACCUCGCCAGCCUCGGCGUCAAAGCCAUCCUGCUCCGCUGCGCGGGCUUCAACAACGUCGACCUCCUCGCGGCCAAAUCCCUGGGCUUCUUCGUCGCCCACGUCCCCAGCUACAGCCCCGAAGCCGUGGCCGAGUUCGCCGUCGCGCUGAUCCAGACCCUCAACCGCAACACGCACCGCGCCUACAACCGCGUGCGCGAGGGCAACUUCGCCCUGCACGGCCUGCUGGGCCAGACGCUGCACGGCAAGACCGUCGGCGUCGUCGGCACGGGCCGCAUCGGCCUGUGCUUCGCGCGCAUCAUGAGGGGCUUCGGCUGCCGCGUUUUGGCGUACGACGUCUACAAAUCCAAGGAUUUCGAGACCGAGAAGCUGGGCACGUAUGUGGAGUUGGCGCAGUUGCUGCAGGAGAGCGACGUCGUGAGCCUGCACUGCCCGCUGCUGGAGAGCACGCGACACCUGGUGCGCGAGGAGACGCUGGCGCAGAUGAAGGACCGCGCCUUGCUCGUCAACACCAGCCGCGGCGGCCUCAUCGACACCAAAGCCGUGAUUCAGGCCCUGAAGGCCGGCAAGCUGCGGGGCCUGGCGCUCGAUGUCUACGAGGCCGAGGCGCCGUUGUUCUACAGCGACCACAGCGGCGAGGUCAUGCAGGAUGAGGUGUUUGCCAGGCUGAUGACGUUCCCGAAUGUCAUUGUCUGUAGUCAUCAGGGAUUCUUUACCGAGGAGGCCUUGGGGGAGAUUAGUGCGGUCACCGUGGGGAAUAUGGUGGAGUUUAUGGAGGGGAGGGGGAGGGUGGCGAGGAAUAGUUUGAUCAAGGACUAA